AUGGUUGACUCCCCAGCUCAGGUGACUAGCCCAACGCUCUCAGAGUUGUACCGAGAGGGCGUUAAGGCUUUCAGGGGGUUUCUGCAGGCCUUAAGCGAAGAUGACUGUCGCGUAAUCCAUCUGGAGCAGGUUCAUCUUCCUGACCUGCUUGACGAGUAUGGAAGGAUCCAUAUCUGGGGAUGUCAGACCAAAGCAGACCUUCCCGCAUAUGCUCCUGGCUCCUUGGAUGAUACACUGCGACACGACAAUGAGCUCCAACCUAUAGUUUUGGGCAUUUUAAUGCGGCUGAAAGAACUCCUCAGCGAAGGCAAGUUGCCGACAUUUAUUGCUCAAAAGAAGUAUGAUCCCAGCGCCGGUUCCGAUCAUGAUUCGACUAGCAGUGUCAGCGCCGAGUCGGAUGUUGAUUCGGACGACGAUGUCAAAUACCAAAAUAACAGGAUGCCAAAGAUUCGUCUGCUUGUCCAGCUUAUACUGGAGCAGAUCGGUUCACUCUUUGACUUUUCUGCAUUGCGCCGGCGCCAAAAGAUUACAGACAAGCAUAUCAUCUCCAUUGAUUCAAAACCGCACGUAUCCGCGCCAAGCAACUCGGACACCCUGCCACUAAGCACCUGUCUGACCAGCGCCGACGAAAGCCAUGUGACGGAGAAGGUAUUCCAAGACCCUGAUGCCAACGAAGGAGCUGUCUUAGGGGUAGGCAAAGCGGACGAAAAUAACUAG